UCGCGAACUUCGAACGAAAAUUUAAUACGAAAGUAAACAAAUAAAAUGUGAUUAGUAACUUUGGUUAUAACAUGAUAACAAGUGAUCUGGCUACUGUUGAAGAUACAUCGCAUUGUCAAAGAUGAAAGCGUGGAGUGCACAUGAGCAGGACACAUCGCUGUCAUGCUGUCGGACGCUGCACGUCAAACACGCUGCCUACGCUAGUGCCCUCUAUACCCUGAAUAUAUCAAUAUUAGUAGUGCUGUUGUACAGUUGGAGAAUUGGAGUCAAUGCUAAGAGGUAUAAGGAACUGGACGAUGUUUAUUAUGGUGUACAGAUAGCAUAUUUUGCGAUAAUAGGAACACAAAUGUUCAUGAUCGUACUCAGCAUAUUCCUCUUUUAUGGGAUUUAUAAAGAAAAUGUGGCAUUCUUAGUGCCGUGGGUCGUCGGCUGUAUGACCUUCAUGGCGCUCGAAGCAAUGGCCAUGGUGUAUUCCAAUAUUCUUAGAGAUCAUGUUAACAAGCAAUUUGACUCAAUGUGCAAAGCUGAAAUAUCAUUCUUAAUACCACGGAUACUAUUAAAUUGUCUAUGCAUAUGGUGUGUCCUACGACUAUACCACCUCCUCCGAGCCGGCGUCACAUGGAAGGGCGCAGCGCCCAUCGAGCUGUGACUACUACCGCCCCUCCAGCCCUCGGAGCCCCAGCCCCGGCACUCGCUACCAUGCGAGUCCACGCUCCUCUUAGGAGGGGCAGAAAGUGACACCGAUGCUAGCCUUCAUGAACUAUGACGUGAAAAACCGUCACUAUUGACUAGGGUAUAAGAUUCAGUUUUAUUUGUUUUGAAAGCUAUUUGACAUGUCAACGAAAUUAAAGGGUUUUGGUGAUGCUGAAAAUGACAAUAUUCUAGUUUGAUAUAAAGAAAUGGAAUGGCUGAGAAUGAGAUCAUGUUCCAGGUAUAUGAACCCAUUAUCUAAAUCUAUGCAGUAUCUAUGAAGUUGGCAUAAUUAGCACAUAAAUAUUAUCAAAUGUAUUGUAUAUCGUAAUACCUAGAAAUUCUCUCUGACCACUGGGAACUGCUUUCCGGAAAAACGAUCGUCAUAAAACAAUAAAUACUUCAAGCUACUUUGUACAGGCUCUCUCUUCUAGGAAAUGCUUCAAGAACUUGCUCUAUCGUUGCUAAGAUUUCAAUUUAAUUACUGCUUCGACUUCUUGGAAAUGGUCAUGUUUUCUUAACUUCUUUUCUCAUUACUUAUUAUUUUUCGAAGUAAUUUCUAAUGAUCUCUAUUCUACAGACCUUGGCAUUUUGAUAACCUUUGACCUAUAUUUUAUACCUAUAUACAUAUCCAAUCUUUAGUAUUCUAUACAAAACCUAGAUCACUGGAACCGCAUCGAAGAUCGGGUCCAUUGAUAUCAACCGAAGGGUCCGUAACUACGGUAGCCCGUUUUUGUGUUAGUUCUUGGUCCUUAUAUAGAUUUAGGAAGAAGAUGUAGAAGAUAUUCUUACACAUAAGUAUUAUAUUUUUUUUGCUUGCAUUUAUGAUUUGGAUACCAGUAACGAACGGACAAAUGAAUACCGUUUUAUGCCAAAAAGACAAUAAAAAUGUGAAGAGACCCUUAGAAGAGGCACUAAAGCUCUCCCUUGGGCGCCAAUCAUCUAAUUCUUUUAUUUAACUUAAUUACUUUCGCGUUCUGGCAGCUAAUUGCAAAGCAAAAACAGGCAAAGCAUUUAUUAUUUUGAAAGGUAAUUAUGUAAAUGUAAGUGCAGCCAGUGAUUAAAGCAAUGAGAAUUUUGCAUGAACUGUGCAUUGCGUGUUCCCAGUUUCGUGAAAAGAACAAAAAAAUACAAAGCUUUCUUUUAUGUGAUAUUUUCGCAAAUUACCUUUUGAAACACAAAGGGAAUUCAUUUUUCAAACUCUGCUUUUCGUAUUAUGAGAUAAUUAAUCUGAAAAUGUGUUUUGUCUACAGAAAUAUUUUACGUUAAUGAUAAUACGGAUGCCUGGGGCAAGUAGAUUGCUGUGGCUCAAACUUUUAAUAUUAAAAAUAGUAUUAUUUUAUCACUUUUUAUUUACGAUCUAUUGCUAUAGUUCACACAAUGUCUGUUUUUGGCAUUCUUGUCAUUUUUGUAACUCUAGGCUGGUAAGGAAUUACACUCCUUAGCAGUUCCUUAGUGAGAGCUCAUAAUCUAUUUUCUUUUUAAAUCCGAUUGUACCAAUUUAGCGAUUAACAAAAAUUCGCUUGACGUGUCAUCUAGCGAUUCAAAUUUCCAUGUUAUCGAGAGUACAAUAAAUAAUAAUAUUCUGUGCGUAUCAAGUUAAGACAUCAAUUUGAUAUUUAUAACUGUUUUUGAAAAAAAAGCGAUUUAUUUUGUAAUAGGUUUUUCAAACUGGUGAUCGAAUUGAUUGAUGAAGUUAUUUUUAUACCUAUGUAUGUAUAUUAUAUAAUUUUCAAUGGAAAAUGAAGUUGUACAAAUAUUAUGGUGAUUUUAGUACAACGUGUGGUCUGCUUAUAGAAAAGUUUUGAUGAAACUAGUCAACAUAUACUUUUGACUUUAUAAUUUAUAUAUAAAGUUGAAAAUACAGUGAAGAUAUUUGUGGAAUUUGAGUAGAUAUGUUGUUGGUGUAUGCAGUAUUGCUACUACGUAAUUUGUGUUCGAUAUGUUGUGUGGCAACAAUAUAGCAAUGUUCCAAAAUCAGUUAACAUAUAUGAAUGAUUAUAUUAAAACUUUCGUUGGACAUUAAAUAAAUUAAUAUGUUUUCGGCUUACUCACGUAA